CAAGCCACCAGAUUGUGGUCCAACAGGUCUGCAGGAGCGAAGCCCCUAACUUAGUCGAUUUCAGGCUGGUCUGACCAGGGUCGUGAUAUGGAAGCGUGUGUUGUUUAUUGGAUUAUCCAAGUAACGCGUCGUUUCACGAAGUCAACGCGGUGUCAUGUGAUUUCGGGAGGCUGCCUUUGUUAAGGGCUUGGCCCAUAUGGUUUGCUGGCGGCGGUUUUGUGUGGUACCAGCGAGGACCUUGUCAUUAUUUGAAAUUUUGUCCUUGGGGCUCGCAGAAUUUUAUUCGAUCAUUCCAUUCUGCCCGAGCAUACAAGUACUCCUACUCACUUCAUCAACAUGCACGUCGUUUCCCGACAAGCGACAAGCAAGCACACCCACACUGUAAUCUUUCUCCAUGGCCGAGACAGCACUGCCCAAGAAUUUGCGGACGAGUUCUUCGAGAGCGAGGCGACCGAACCUGCGGAGCAACCACGCACUCUUCCAGAUCUGUUCCCAGGCAUCAAAUGGGUCUUCCCCGCAGCACCGCUUCUUCACUCGAAACGGUUCGACACCACAAUGUCUCAAUGGUUCGAUAUAUGGUCAGUCGAAGAACUCGAGGAUCAAGAGGAAAUCCAGCCCGAAGGGUUGAAACAAAGUAUCGGUGGCCUCGUGGACGUGAUAAGAGCCGAAGAGACGCUUGUACCUCGACAAAACAUCUUCUUGGGAGGGAUCAGCCAGGGAUUUGCCGUGGCACUGUCUACCUUCUUCGCUGUCAGUCACAACUUCGCUGGCCUGAUCGGCCUCUGCAGCUGGAUGCCGCUUGCCAGCAUUGUGGACAAUCUCAAAGCUUCUUCCAACACCAGCGACGAGGAGCAGCUUCUACGUGCAGUCCACAAGACAUACUUCGGUCAGCAGUCUCAAGGACAAUUGUCAUGGCAGCUUCUCCGGUCCACUCCAAUCUUUCUGGGCCACGCAAUCGAUGAUUGUAUUGUCCCUGUCAAGAAUGGAAGGAAGAUGCGGGACACGCUUGUCCAUUCCUUGCAAAUGGAUGCUCGGUUGUAUGAGUAUGAGGAUGGCGGCCAUUGGAUCAAUGAGCCUCAAGGUGUGGAUGACAUUGUUCAAUUCCUCAAUCAGAACAUGCUGAGAACGAGAAACACUAUGAAGGAAAGUUUCAAAGAGAGUCUUGGUCAAGAUGAGGUGUGCUCGGCGAACCUGCCUCUUUAGAAUGCACAUUUAUUGUCUAACAGCAAAUUGGACAGCCAUGACAGCAGACCCGUCAAGGUUUUCGGACCGUAUUUUGCUCGGAUCUCCGAAGCUUGCAUUUUCUCCCGAGUAACCAGC